AUGAUUAUCGCCGAGUCCCCGAUCCUAUUCGUACGAAUGCUCCUCUUCACUUGUUGGUCUACUGACGAUGUUGUUUGCGGACCACAUUUCUCCGGUAUUGCUUGCGACUGGCCUGUUUGUGUUCAUGGAGAGGUGGAUCCAGUGGACAAGAUUUGCUGGUGUCACAAUAACUACGCUCCACCGUUCUGUGAAUUUUGCCUUCCUGGUUACUGGGGAGAAGCAUGCGAUCGAAAAAUCCUCCCAGCAAUGCAUGAACCGGUUCUUCCCGCCUUUUUCACUCAUAUUGUUCUCUACUUACUGGUCAUUUCAGUUGCUCUGCUGACAUACUUUGUAAUUGACAGGUGCCGAUCUAAGCCACCACCCUACAGAGAAGUGAUCAAAGAUGCUCCACCGCCUUACUACUUGAUAUGA